AUGGCGAAUUCUUCUUGUUCACAUUGGUGGCACGCCCCUUUCUACAUUGCUACCUCAAUAGCCCUAGCAGUUAUUGCAAUCUCAACUGUAAUCCAUGAAGAUCCCAAUUCAACUCCGUCAUCGUCACUGCAAUCCAUCAAGAAAGAUCUCUCCUUGAAUGCUUCCAAAGCUCUAAGAUCCCAAGGCUUCAACGUGAUGGCAACCCUUCUCCAGAUUACCCCUGAACUCUUCCUUUCGUCCCCUGAAUCCACCAUUUUUGCGAUCCAAGAUUCCACCAUUUCCAACCUUUCCGCCCAUCUCCCUCCUCUGGCUAUGAAGCAACUCUUGCAGUACCAGGUUUCCGCUUCAAAUCUCCCCAUUCAAGCUCUGCUCAAGAAACCUCAGGGGAGUUGCUUAACUACUCUGCUCCGGGGAAAGUAUGUCAAGAUUACCAAAGUUGAUGAAGAAAAGGGAGUGAUUGAGAUCAAUAACGCGUUAAUUACUCAUCCUGACAUGUUUCUUGGCGGACCCUUUUCAGUUCACGGCAUUCUUGGAUCACUUUCAUCAUUAAACUUCCAUGAUGUUGUUGAUAAAGAUUCCAACUUUAUUGCUCCUUCUGAUCCCAACUGUGAGAAUUUCAAUGACACUGGUGGGUUUUCUUCUCCCAGUAAUAAUAAUACUGAGGCAAACAACCAGCUUGUUCAGUGGCCGAAGAUAAUCCAGUUUCUGAAUACUAAUGGAUUCUUGCCAUUUGCAAUCGGUUUGCAGUCUGUUCUUGAUGGGAUUUUUCGAGAUUACCCUGAUUUGAGAUCGGUUACCAUUUUUGCUCCGCCGUUUUUCAGUUUAGUGUCACUUCCUUCGCCGUUACUUGACAGAGUUGUGAGGCUACACAUUCUGGCUCAGAGGUAUGCUUCCAUGGAAUUGGCCUUCCUGCCGGAGAAUUCAUCUUUGGAAACCCUUCAGGACGGCGAGAAUCUUGAAAUUCACAAAAGCAAUUCAUCUGGGUUCCUGGCGAUUGAUGGGGUUGAAAUCACAGCACCGGAAUUAUUUGUGUCGAAAGAUGUCAUAAUCCAUGGAAUUUCAAGAGCUCUGGGGGCCGAGAAGAUUUCUGGUACAUCAAGAUAG